CAUACCUUCACCCACAGCUUCAUCAUUUCAUGGUGCUAUGAACAACCAUGCCACAUACUUCUUCAAAGGAUGAUCUCAAUGAUGACUCCUUGAUUCAACAGCUUCUCAACGAAGCCGAGGCUCGUCUUCAGUCAGCUUCCCCAGUCGAAAAAUCUUUGACUUCGGCAGCAUCACAGCAUGUUGAAAACCAUGCAAAUGCAAGACUGCCUGAACUUGCUUCAGGCGGUUCUCUGACGUCUUAUGUACACCGAGAUGGCGAGAUCUCUGCUAUGUACCCUACGCUGAUAUCUAUUCCAUCCGAAGGCUCCUAUUCUCUUGCACUUAAUCAACCCGCCAAAAAAGAGAAACAGGAUGACGCCGGCGGCGAUUGGUUUAACUUGCCAAAAACCCAAAUAACACCAGAGCUUAAGAGAGAAUUCCAACUCCUUCGAAUGCGCAAUGUCCUAGAUCCGAAAAGACACUAUAAGAAGGAAAACGGCAAGGCAAAUACACCACAGUAUUCUCAGGUGGGAACUAUCAUUGAAGGACCCACUGAGUUCUUCAAGUCCCGUGUCGUGAAGAAGGACCGUAAGAAGACUUUUGCCGAAGAGGCCAUUGCUACAGAGAACGAGUCUGGACGUUUUAAGGCCAAAUAUAACCAAAUCCAAGAAUCCAAGAAGAGUGGGAAAAAGUCCUACUAUAAUAGCCUACGGGCAAAAAGGCGACGUUGAACAUAUCUGAUUCUUGGUUGCAAAAACUCAUCAUUUUCCCAACCAGAGUACCACCACCCUUUUAUUGGUGGGCACUUUCUCUAUUCUCAAAUACGUCGGUAAUGAUUUGGACCACCAACCGCUGCGUUUCUAGUCAGUUACACUGGCAUUCUCAUCUACCUUCUCGUCUGACUCACCUGCAUGUCUUGUGCAGCUAGUCGUCCCGCUUCGAGGACUUCUUCAUGAUUAGCCUUGCCCUCCUC